GCGCGUGAGUUCAACGAGACAGUCGGCAUCACGGGUCUCAUCCUCACAAAGCUCGACGGCACCGCCCGCGGCGGCGCGGUCGUGUCCGUGGUCGACCAGCUCGGCCUGCCCGUCAAGUUCGUCGGCCUCGGGGAGGGGGUUGACGACCUGCAGACCUUUGACCCCCGGGCCUUUGCCGCCGCCCUCUUCCCGGACGCGCCCGCCGGCGCCGCCUGA